AUGAAUUCCCUUGCUCAUAAUCCUCAAUUACAACAGUAUAUUCAAAUGCAUCCAAAUGCUCUGAGUGUGGGUGGUGCCAACAACCUGACAUCACAACUUCAUACAAACUAUCAUGGUUUACCAAUGGGCGGUGGAGAUCCAUGGGGUGCCGCUGCUGGUAAUCCAAUACCUCUGUCAAUUCAACAACAUCAAAAAUUUGCUCAACUAGAAGACGAAAAAAUUUAUAUUCUAAUCACCGAGUUAACAAAUCCUAAUAAUCGUGAACAAGCUCUAUUAGAGUUGAGCAAGAAACGUGAACAAUAUGAUGAUCUGGCUUUGAUAUUAUGGCAUUCUUUUGGUGUGAUGACUGCAUUGUUGCAGGAAAUCGUUUCUGCAUAUCCACUUUUAUCUCCUCCCACACUCUCAGGUCCAAUAUCUAAUAGAGUUUGUAAUGCUUUAGCUUUACUACAAUGUGUAGCUAGUCACAACGAAACAAGAGGUCUAUUUCUCAAUACACAUAUUCCAUUAUUUUUAUAUCCAUACCUAAAUACUACAAGCAAAACAAGACCAUUCGAAUAUCUUAGGUUAACAAGUUUGGGUGUUAUUGGUGCUCUUGUUAAGAACGACAAUCCAGAUGUUAUUUCAUUCUUGUUGUCUACUGAAAUCAUACCACUAUGUCUACGUAUAAUGGAGACUGGGAGUGAACUUUCCAAAACGGUUGCAAUAUUUAUUGUUCAAAAAAUUCUAUUGGAUGAUAUUGGACUGCAAUAUAUAUGUGCUACAUACGAAAGAUUCUAUGCUGUGAGAACAGUCUUGAGUAAUAUGGUUAACCAGUUAGUGGAAACUCAAGCUGUUCGUUUACUAAAACAUGUUAUCAAAUGUUAUCUUCGGCUUUCUGAUAAUCCAAGAGCUAGAGAAGCACUUCGUCAAUGUUUACCUGAAUCACUUCGUGAUCAUACAUUUGCGCAAGCAUUAAAAGAUGAUAUAACCACUAAAAGAUGUUUGAAUCAACUUUUACUCAAUCUUUCAGAAAAUAUGCCUACCAAUUGA